GGGAUUGCGAGUAUUACGACUACUCGUAUUUGUUUGCUGGCCGCCAGUCGCCGAUGUCACAUCGAAGACGUUGUUUCGCGGUUUUGUGGAGUGCGCAAAAAAAUCAUAAAUAAUACAUUUAUCGAAAUUGAAAUUCUGCAAAGACAACUCUCCUUUUAAUUACCAACGGCUGAUCGAAAAUAAUGCUUUCGGCGAGGGAGCAGUUCUUCAAUAGCAAUGAAGGCACCGCCGGCAUUGGCUUGGGCAUCGAGAUUGGCGAUAGUGGCACCUCAAAGGCGGGACGCGGUGUCUACAAUGCCACCACAGUGCCCAUGACGAAUGCGAGUAGCUGGCGCAAUGGACAAACGAAUACAGUAGCAAAUGCCACGCCCACUGUCAGUGCAACGCCCGCUACCAGUCAGCUUGUUACCGUAAAGCAGACGCCAUUGGAACCCGUGGCGGAGGGCGAAGAGGAGGUGCAUUUUGAUAUGGACGCAUUGUCCAAUCUGCCAGGUCGUGAUCCCGUGGACAUUGAGUUCAAGGAUCUCUCCCUCACGGUCAAAUUGGGCUUCAAUCGAGGCGAGAAGGAAAUUUUGCAUAAUGUGUGUGGUAAGUUUCCGGGUAGCCAGCUAAUUGCCAUAAUGGGUCCAUCUGGAGCAGGUAAAUCCACUUUACUUGAUGCUUUAUCUGGCUUUAAAACCACUGGGGUGAUGGGCUCCAUUCUGCUCAAUGGACGACGACGAGAUUUGCCCUCAUUCCGUCGCCUCUCCUGCUAUAUCACACAGGAUGAUCGCCUGCAGCCUUUGCUGACCGUAAGCGAAAAUAUGCAUAUUGCCGCCGACCUUAAAUUGGGUAACGAUGUUAGCUAUGAGGAGAAGGAGAGCAGGAUUGAAGAUAUUUUAUUGCUGCUGGGUCUUUACGAUCACGAUCAGACGCUGACAAUGCGUCUGUCUGGAGGUCAGAAGAAAAGGCUAUCCAUUGCCUUGGAAUUGAUUAAUAAUCCCACUGUGAUGUUCCUGGACGAGCCGACGACCGGCUUGGACAGCAGUUCCUGCACCAAGGUCUUGGAGUUGCUCAAGAGAUUGACCUCGCAGGGUCGCACCAUCAUUUGCACCAUACAUCAACCCACUGCCAAAUUGUUCCAAAUAUUCGAUCAGGUCUAUGUGUUAUCCGCCGGCAACUGCGUCUAUCAAGGCGGCACUCAGAAGCUCGUGCCAUUCCUGCAAUCGGUGGAUCUGCCUUGUCCCAUGUACCACAAUCCAGCUGAUUAUAUUAUCGAGUUGGCAUGUGGCGAGUAUGGCUUUGACAAGAUCGAUACGCUCAAGAGCGCCAAUGAGAAUGGCAGCUGUCUGACCUGGUUCAAUAAUCCGGGAGCUGUACUCCGUGCCGAGGCCCUGAUGAGGAAACAUCCCAUUCCCAGGCGCACCAAGAACGUUUCCCUGGAGAACACCAGUUUUACCAAUCAAUGCUCCGUCCUGCUGCGACGUGGAUACAUUAAGACCCGACGAGACACGACAAUGACACAUAUGCGGAUCAUUGUCAACAUUGCUGUGGCUGUUCUUUACGGAGCUAUGUACGAUCGUGCUGGAAAGGAGGGAUCAAGGGUUCUCGAUAAUUAUAAUCUUCUUUUUGCCAUAUUGAUGCAUCAUUCCAUGACGACUAUGAUGCUGACGGUGCUAACAUUCCCAAUUGAGAUGACGAUAUUAAUAAAGGAACACUUUAAUCGCUGGUAUUCCCUGAAGGCCUUUUACUUUGCCAUGACGCUCAUAGACUUGCCCAUAACGAUUUUUUGUAGUUUCAUUUUCUCGGUUAUUAUAUAUUUAUGGAGUUACCAGCCGCUGGAAUGGGUGCGCUUCUGGAUGUUCUUUUCCAUCAGUUUGCUCGUUGUGUUUGUGGGACAAAGUUUUGGCCUUAUAAUUGGCGCCUGGUUCAAUGUGGUCAAUGGCACAUUCCUGGCUCCGGUGCUUACCAUUCCUAUGAUGAUGUUUGCUGGCUUUGGUGUCACGCUGCGAGAUCUUCCGAGCUAUUUGAAAUGGGGAAGUCAUAUAUCCCAUUUACGAUAUGGUCUAGAGGGCUUUAUAGCUGCCAUUUAUGGGCUGAAUCGUGGUACCCUGGAAUGCAACGAAGCGCCUUAUUGCCAUUACAGAUAUCCAAAGAAAUUUCUGGAGGAGAUUACUAUGUCUGGUGAUCAGUUCUGGAAUGAUAUCAUUGCACUGUGUGUAAUGACCUUCUUAUUCCGAUUUGGCGCCUAUAUUGUGCUCAAGGCUAAGAUCAAGUCGGUCAGAUGAGCGCGUUGACCUCCAUAACGAUAACAACUUGCCCUCUGUAUUAUGUAUAAAUUGUUGAACAUUAUAUUUAGUGUUAUUUUUAUUAAAUUAAUUACGUUACAAACUUGGUUAUUAAAGCUACGGGACGUAGAUUCUAUAUGCAUAC